AUGGCCCAUACCCAGGUUGCAAUCACCAACGGACGACCUCCCGCCUGCGCGCAGUGUGGUCGGAGAGACCCUUCCGGGCGGGUCGACGAGCGGCAGACGAAGCAGUUUUACUGCUCCUCAUGCUGGGCAUCCUAUGAGUCAGACCGCUUGGUGGAGUACUUUGACACGAAACAGGAGGUCGAGGCCAAGUGUGAGCAGCUGGCCCAGAUGAUCUCCAAAGCCCGGCACAUCAUCGCAUUCACAG